UCAGGUCCCAGAUUGCUGUACGGGUAGGUAUGACUCAAGCGUGUAAUGGUCUCUGGCUAUCUAGAAGACUCUGCUGUUGGAUUGUGCCUCACUGCCAGGAAACGGGCGCCGGAAGGUUCUCUGACGAGAUCUCGCUUUCUUCGGGCGGUAACGGCGUGCACAGGUCGGGAAGGGGUGGUGGGGGAAGCGGAACAGCUCCGAACCAUGCUAGGGAACCGUGGGUCCGUCUGUGAAGAGGCCCAGCUUCGCGGGACCGCGGUUCGAGCCUGCGCUGGGCGGUGGUCUUGUGACGGACGGAAAACUACAUUUCCCAGCAUUCUUGCGGUGCCAGAACUACCUUGCCCGAAAGCCUGAGCGAGUUCGCCCCGUCUUAACUCCUCCUCCCGCCAAUCGGAAAACUCUGAGGCCAUGAGGAUUGGCUGGGCUUGGAGGCUCCUGCGUUCUGAAGGCGUAGCGGGCCGCUGGGUAUCAACCCCCCGAGGGCGUUCCUCGCCGGUCGUGCGGAGAGACUUCUUCACCACCACAACCAAGGAAGGAUAUGAUAGGAGGCCAGUGGACAUAACUCCUUUAGAACAAAGGAAAUUAACUUUUGAUACCCAUGCAUUGAUUCAAGACUUGGAAACUCAUGGAUUUGACAAAACACAAGCAGAAACAAUUGUAUCAGCACUAUCCAUGUUAUCAAAUGUCAGCCUGGAUACUAUCUAUAAGGAGAUGGUCACUCAAACUCAACAGGAAAUAACAGUACAACAGCUAAUGGCUCACUUGGACUCCAUCAGGAAAGACAUGGUCAUUCUAGAGAAAAGUGAAUUUGCAAAUCUAAGAGCAGAGAAUGAGAAAAUGAAAAUUGAAUUAGACCAAGUUAAACAACAACUAAUAAAUGAAACCAGUCGAAUCAGAGCGGAUAAUAAACUAGACAUCAAUCUAGAAAGGAGCAGAGUAACAGAUAUGUUUACAGAUCAAGAAAAGCAACUUAUGGAAGCAACCACAGAGUUUACCAGAAAGGAUACCCAAACCAAAAGUAUUAUUUCAGAGACCAGUAAUAAAAUUGACACUGAAAUUGCUUCCUUAAAAA